GCUGUCAGUCGGUGUGCGCGUGAAAACUGUCACGAGCAAAUGCCACUUUCGCGGUCAUUUAUCUGUAAAGUUAAAAUAACACAUCCAGGCAAUUCGUCAUCCAUCUCGGAUAGCUCGUUUUGAUUAUUUAAACCGUCCUAAUUAAUUUUCUUGAUAUCUGCGCCCUCUACUGUCUAUAUUAAAGCAAUGAGUCAGCUCGAGGGGCAAGAGUACAGCUACAGAAGAGACUUAUCCCCAAACUCUCACAUUCCCUUACACCACACCCAUGAAAGUCCCAGGAUGACAGAUUCAUUCAAUCACGGGAUGCACACAGAAUAUUCCAGGAUGGAGGAAUCCCUCAGGGCUGAAGACUAUGGCACUUACAGGUUUAUCCAUCCAUUGACAUGUGAUCGGUUGCCUCCAGUUUCUCAUCUAAGCUCCAGAUCCUAUCCUGAAUACGUGGUUGCUCAAUCAAGCCAUUAUCAACAUGUAGUGGGCCAGUCAUAUGGCUCCAUUAGUGGCCCAUGGCCAACACAGGAAGCUUAUCAUUAUGGGAUGACAUCAGGAGAAAUCUGCCGUGCAGUGUCCAGCAUCAGCUCUGGUGGGACCGAGGGUUACGGUCUGGAGGCUUAUUCGACACACCAAACGUUCAUACAUCAGAAUAUGAUGUGUGACGUGAAUCGUGGAGGACAGGUCGUCAUGCUGAACCACUGCAGCCCCACUCAAAUUAAUUACACCGUGAUGGCCAAUCACAGCACAGAAUCUCUACUUCACGCACCCGAACUGAACAUCGAACACUGCUCACCUGAAGAUAAAGGAUGUAGAGUGGAGACGAUGUCCCAUGGAUCCCAACAGACCCAACUGCCAUCGUCUGGUGUAACAUUUAACCUUCUGCCAGGACCUCAUGCCUUACAGUUUCAUCAAACUCUUCGCCCUACAUAUACUGAGACUGUAGGACAGACAGAAGGAAGCAAGUGUGUGAACAUGGAAAAAUCAAAGCGACCCUGCAACUGCACAAAAUCUCAGUGCCUGAAGCUUUACUGUGAAUGUUUUGCCAACGGUGAGAUCUGCAAAAACUGCAAAUGUGUCAACUGCUUUAAUAACACAGACCAUGAGUCAGAGAGGUGUCAGGCUAUAAAGGCCUGUUUGGACAGGAAUCCAGGAGCCUUCCGACCCAAAAUCGGAAGCAGGAAAUCUGGGAAUGUGAAGAGUCGUCACGCUAAAGGUUGUAACUGCAGGAGGUCGGGCUGCCUGAAGAACUACUGCGAGUGUUAUGAGGCCAAUAUCAUGUGUACAUCCACCUGUAAAUGUGUGGGCUGUCGAAACUAUGAAGCAAGUCCUAAGAAAAAGAUCUGUGACGUCCCUGACUCCAUCAUUUACUACCCAACCAGGUCUCCUCUGGCGGGCAUCACGCCCGAAGUGGUGGAAGCCACAUGCGGCUGUCUCUUUACUCGGGCUGAAGAAGCAGAGAAGGAAGGGUACAUAUUGCUUCACGCUGAGAAAAUGAUUUUGGAGGAGUUCGGCCAGUGUAUGACGCAAAUUGUCCAAUCGAUAUUCAAAUCCGCCAAUGCGCAGUUAAGUUCGCAGGCGUAGCUCAAAAACAACAUGCUCGGUGUAGUGCGCCAGAUUUGUUUUGAAAUGUAUGUCAAUGGUAUGUCAACAAAGAUGUUUGUAUUUUAAAGAUGUCUAUUUAUAUCCUCUGUUGAGAGUGAUGAAAACACAUUUAUUUAUAUCCUUAUUUAUAUCAAAAGCUGUUUUUAUAUGGGUCAUAAGUUAUAAAUAGCUAUAAUUUAACAAAACCCUUUCUCUUAAAAGUCAACUGUUUGGCCUGUGCCAAUGUUUGGAUGGUUUAAAAUCUUUCUUAUUUAUAAACAUGGCCUGUAGUUUAACAUUGUGUUUUUUUCAGUAAUGGAGGGGUCACACAGUUGUGUAUAUACUGUAUGACUUUUGUUGUGUUUCUAUUUAAAUGCUAUAUGUUAUAUAAAAAGAUUGAUAUCCUUAAGUCUUUACAUAAGCCUCGCUUUUUAAACCUG